AUGGCUAGCGGCGGCUCUGGUUCCGCCCGGUCCUCCCUUCUCUGUGGAACUGCCCCAGGUGGCUCCCAGCCCCGCAAGAAGCUGCUAACUAUCUGUGACCAGUGCAAGGCCAAGAUGCAGCUGGUGGCCGAUCUUCUCCUGCUGUCUAGUGAGCCCCGGCCUGUCAACCCGGAGAGCUCGGUGCACUUGGGCGAGGCGUUUGAGAAAUGCAGAGACACCGUUAUUGCCCGAACCAAGGGCCUGUCUAUCCUGACUCAUGAUGUCCAGAGCCAGCUCAACAUGGGCAAGUUCUCAGAGGUGGGUGACAGCCUCUGGGAGAUGGGCGACCUGGUGGUAUCUCUGAUUGAGCUGUCUGCCCAUGCAGCUUACCUGGCGGCUGUGGAAGUGCCAGGUUCCCAGGCUGCCCUGCCAGGUCUGGUGGACCGCUACAAGGUAACGCGGUGUAGGCAUGAGGUGGAGCAGAGCUGUGCCACGCUCAGGACGGUGCCCCUGUCCGAUCUGACUCCAGAGCUGCUUCUAGAAAUCUCCCACAACCUUUUAAGGAACCUCAAGAGUCUCACAGAUGCCAGCGUUGCUGCCAGCGAGAAAUCAAGGGACAAAUUUGCCAGAGAGCAGUUUAAAUUAGGAGUCAAAUGCAUGAGUACCAGUGCCACGGCUCUCCUCGCCUGCAUCAAGGAAGUGAAGACUUCUCCAAGUGAACUCUCUAGGAAUCGCUGUGCCCUUUUCAGUGGACCCCUAGUACAGGCUGUCCAUGCCUUGGUGGGCUUUGCCACAGAGCCCCAAUUCUUGGGUAAAGCAGCUGUCCUGAAUCCUGAGGGCAAAGCUGUACAAACAGCCAUUUUAGGGGGUGCAAUGAGUGUGGUGUCUGCCUGUGUGCUCUUGACCCAAUGCCUCAGGGAUAUUACCCAGCACUCUGACAGUAGCAGCAAGAUGACGGACUACAAGGACAGAUUGAGGAGCUCUGCUUGUGCUGUCUCUGAUGGGUGCAACCUGCUAUCUCAGGCACUGAGAGAGAGGUCAUCUCCAAGAACUCUACCGCCAGUAAACUCCAAUUCUGUGAAAUCGCCCUAAACAGGGCUGGCCUCUCAUUUAACUUUACCAAAGAAUAUUGGUUUAUCCCAUUACCCCCUGAGGGUAUCCUAUCAUUAAGUGGUUGGGAUCCCAUCUGUACUGGAGGUGCUAAUUAUAUGUAGGCAGAUUUUAAGAGGCUUGUUCUGAAUCCUUUGAAAUUUGAAGGGCAGCACCAUGGUCUCUAUGUUGAUUUAUGAUGGGAGAAGGUUGGCUUUUUAUAGACCUCCGUUGCAAUUCAACAAGCAUAAUGAAAACGAAAGUCUAUAUGUCCAUGUUUCUCUGGUCAUAUGAAUUUUAUUUUGCGAGAAGUGGAUACCUCAAAGUUGCAGUCUCUUCCAAGCGUGUAUUUCGUACAUGGCUUUUAAAUUAUUUGGAAGAAAUUGUUUUAUAAUUGCAAGUUUAAAUUAUAUUUGGUUACAGGAUAUUCUAGUUAAAACAUUGUUUUUCUAGACACUAAAAUUUAGAUUUAAAUCCAGUAUCUGCUCUUCAGAACGAAAGAUCUGUCUGUUAAUUGGGGUCAAUGCAUUUUAGUGGUAUCUGUGCAAACGGGCACUAAUAUCUGCUGUGCUUGUCUAGAUUAGUCUCAUUGGUAUGAAAUCAGACACAGAAUUUUGAAUUAAAAGGUGGUCGUUAAUGGAAAGUUUAACGAUUGGGAAGGCCAUCAUGACACUAAUGCCUAAAAUUAAAAGGGGGCGUGUGCCUUUAAAUAUCCAGUACUUCAAUUUGUCUAUUAGAAAUCGUUUUGAUCUACAUCAAAUCAGUCUUUUUGAUAAUGCAGGUUUCUUUUAAUUGUCAUUUUAAUUGCUAAAUAUUAAAUUGAUCUGGCCUCCU